AUGGAUUAGCUGGUGAACCUAACGAUGGUGAUGCACUAAUCACUAUUCCAGAUGAAUUUCUUAUUAAAGAUUCAGAUGAUCCAAUAGCAUCAAUAAGCAAAGAAAUAUAUGGAGAUGCAACAACUCUACAACAGAACAAAGACCCUAAAUUUUUUCAAGAAAGAGCGAUUCUAUGCCCUACAAAUGAGGAUGUGAACCAGAUUAACCAGCAUAUGUUAGAUGAACUUGAAGGAGAUGAAAGAAUUUAUUUAAGCUCGGACAGCAUUGAUCCAUCUGAUACAGGAUCUGUUAAUGAUCAGGCUCUCACUCCAGAAUUUCUCAACACUAUCAAAGCAUCAGGUUUACCAAAUCAUAAUCUCCGGUUGAAGAUUGGAUGCCCUGUGAUGUUGUUGAGAAAUAUUGAUCAUGAUGGAGGACUGAUGAAUGGGACAAGGUUGCAGAUUAUAGAUAUGUAUGAAUUUUGUGUGAAGGCCAGAGUUAUUACAGGAACUCAAGUUGGGAAAAUUAUACUGCUUCCUAGAUUGUCCAUUACACCUUCAGACAAGAAGUUGCCAUUCAAGAUGAGAAGAAGGCAACUGCCAAUUGCUGUGGCUUUUGCUAUUACCAUUAAUAAAAGUCAAGGACAGUCUCUCUCAGAAGUUGGAAUAUUUCUACCUAGACCAGUUUUUUCUCACGGGCAACUCUAUGUUGCUAUAUCUAGAGUCACAUCCAAAAAAG